UCAAUUUUGUUUCAUGUAAACGCCGGAUUACAAGUUACGGAUCUUCAGCAACAAACCUCUUUGCAUGAUAUGUAUGUUUGGAAUAAGUUCAGUUCUGUAUCCUGCUUAGCACAUAGACAUAGAUCCAGACAAAAUCCAACCCGUUUACAUCAGCGAAAGGGUCGAAAACCCUACCAGAAGCGUCGUCGCUUCGUCUCCUUCUCUCUCUGCAGCCAUGGCGUUCAGCUUGAAGUCUUGUGUUUUCCCGGUCAACCCUCUAGCGCCACGGUUACAACCACCAUUGCCGCCACGGCAAGCUCAUCCCCACAUUGUCCCGUUCCUCAGCCCGACGGUUCGCAGGAUCUCACAAAGGAAUCGCCCCUCCCCAUCACCACCAAACCUUUCCCUUGCACCUCGCGCUGAAGGCCCCGGGUCUCUCAAAUCCCGCCUGACCGCCGGCGAGCAGCUCUAUGGAAUCUUUAUCAUGAGCUUCUCCCCUACACUAGCCGAAAUCGCCGGCUUUUGCGGCUACGACUACGCCGUGGUGGAUCUCGAGCACGGGUCCGGCGACGUAUUUGCUGCGCUGCCUGUUCUGCGCGCCCUGGAGGCCACCGGUGUCCCGGCGGUCAUCCGCCUCCCGGAGUUGGACGCCACUUGGGCCAAGAGGGCGCUUGAUCUCGGGCCCCAGGGCAUCAUGUUUCCCAUGAUCGACUCUCCCAAGGACGCCCGCCGGGCCGUCUCCUACUGCCGGUACCCACCGCGAGGGGUCCGCGGGGCUGCGCAUCCGGUGGUACGGGCUUCCCGGUAUGGCAUCGACGACGAUUACCUUAGCCGGUGCGAAGAGGAGCUGCUGGUGAUGUGCCAGAUCGAGACAGAGGACGCGGUGAAGAAGGUGGAGGAGAUAGCGGCCGUCGAAGGGGUGGACUGCCUUCAGAUGGGGCCGUUGGAUCUGAGUGCCAACAUGGGGUACCUGUGGGAUCCAGGUAACAAGAAGGUCAAGGAGGUGCUCUACAAGGUGGAGAAGACGGUGCUUGCCUCCAAGGGUGAUGUUAGUGAUGGUAGCAGCAGCAGCGGUGGCGCUUACUUGGCUGGGUUUGCGAGGGGAGAGGACACCGGAGAGAAACUGAAGGAGAGAGGUUACCACAUGGUGGCCGGAGCUGUGGACGUUGCGCUAUUUAGGGAUGCUGCAUUGCGUGAUAUCAGGAAGUUUAGGGAAAGUGGAAGGACGUCUCCCUCCGAAGAGGAUGAUGAUGACGAUGAUAAGAAGGAUGAGAAGUACUGGAGUGAAUAGAAUAGAUGCUUUGCAAAAAUAAAUUGUAGAUAGCCCUUACCUUCUGCUGCUUAGAUAGCUCUUACCUUCUACUGCUUAUGUCUCGCUUUUCUCUGUCUCUCUCUCCCCCCAUUUGGUGGUUCUUGCUGAGACAGGAAGAAAAUUGAGUUAUGUCGAUCUAUUUCAGCUGGUGCUGUAUAUUCCAAGUGGACCAAGAACUGGAGAUUGAAAAAUCAUCGUACGGCGAUUUAAGGACUUCAGUCUUCUGCCAUAGACCACAGCUCCUUACAGAUAGUUUGGAGUAGUAGAGUUCUUCAAAGUGAAGAAUUUUGUCUGUUUAACACAAGGGAUCUGAUGUUUUAAAUGGAGAGACUUUGGCUGUCAAUGCUUCAAUAAUUUGGAACUUCAAGGAAUCUGUGGGAUGUGUGAGUGGAGAGCUUGUUUGCUUUCUUGCCCUUCUAGUGUAUUGCUGAUGAAUUACAAUUUCAGGCAUCGUUUCUAUCAGAAA